AUGUGUCAAAAGAAAACAACAAGCGAAUGUGUCUGUGAUGGAUGUUAUGACCUUAGAACUCAAAAACAUGCUGAGUAUUCAAAGUGGAUUCCUGACGAUAAACGAUGCGAAGUGAUAAACUUCACGUCCAAGUCUGCGUGUGAACUUCUGAAGGGAGGAACUUUCCACUUCUAUGGCGACUCUCUCGUCCGGCAGAUGUUCUUGGCCUUCAUCAUUAUCGUCAAGGGAGACUAUCGACAUGGCGGACUGGCGCCUAGUGCAACUAUCAAGAUGAAACAAGAGUGUGAAGGGAAAAACGUGUUUCCUUUUCAGAAAUGUCGUCCUAACCUGGACUAUUCCCCAAGACUCUGCAACGGAACAGUGAAAGCGAAAUUCUUGUUUUGUGGUCGGCUUGAUAUGGGAGGUAAAGCCAUGACAAACGAGUUGCAAAACAUACUGGAUACGCCCAAAUCUUUGGUUUUGUUUGGGAGUGGUCUAUGGCGGAUGUUCAACAAAACGGAUAACUCCAAUUAUGCAAGAGCGAUCAUAGAUUCUGUGAAAAGCAACACCACACGGAAAUGGCCCAAAUUACUUUGGUCUGGGUUUAGUGGUUUCGGACUCUGGCGAACAGAGCUUGUUCGGGGAGUAACUAAUGAAAAUGCUCAAGUCUACAACCGAUACAUGGAGAGGUUUGUAGGGAAGUAUAACGUUCCGAUGUUCGAUACAUUCAACUUGACUCGAGGUAUUCGAAGUCUGGAUGGAACUCAUUUUGGUCCGGGGGUCAAUUUUCUUAAAGCACAGAUCUUUUUGAAUUACCUCUUGGAGUUGAAAAACAAAGGAGAGUGGGCCUGA